AUGGUGCAAAUUGAUACAUUUUUUUACCCAUUACUCUCUGACACUGUGCAUUUUCUUGUACAGGAGCACAAUACGUAUCAUCACACAUUAGAAGCCCUGGAAAUUGAGAUCAAACGGACAAAGUUGAAGCUUGAAGAGUUGAUCUCGGUCUAUAAAGACGCUCUCAUGAUUCAAGAGGAAACAAACUCUGAACUACAACGCCACGAGGAACUCGUCUAUGCCCACCGAAAGCGUCGGGAAUUAGAGAUUACGAAUCUACGCCGACUUUUUGAAUCAAAGAGAAACCGAGUGUCUGCGCAGAAGGCGCUGCUUGUAAGUGCACAGCAACCAUAUCCAGAGCUCAAGUUCAAAAUUUCAUAA